GAAGUGAGUGAGCAGUGCUGUGGUCACAGACCCCACCACCCACAGCCUAUAGGAUUCUGUGAAGUGUUCCUGCCUGAGAGAAAACUCAGCUCAGAAGGAGGAAGGACAGCAGAGGCCAGGUGCCUUGCAGGAGCUGAAGGUCUCCUCAGAGAAAGGCCAGUACAGUGAGAAGAGAUAUGGAGGUGUCCUCUGAGCUUCUCAGCAAUGGGUGUACCCCCUGGCAAAGGGUUCUGCUCACAGCCUCCCUCUUAUCCUGCUGCCUCCUGCCCACCACUGCCAGAGUCACUGUGGAAUUCUUACCUCCCCAAGUGGUUGAAGGAGAAAAUGUUCUUCUACGCGUUGAUAAUCUGCCAGAGAAUCUUCUAGGUUUUGUGUGGUACAAAGGGGUGGCAAGUAUGAAGCUUGGAAUUGCACUGUAUUCACUGCAAUAUAAUGUAAGUGUGACAGGGCUUAAGCACAGCGGUAGAGAGACACUGCACAGAAAUGGGUCCCUGUGGAUCCAAAAUGUCACCUCGGAGGACACAGGAUAUUACACCCUUCGAACCGUAAGUCAACGUGGAGAACUGGUAUCAGAUACAUCCAUAUUCCUUCAGGUGUACUCCUCUCUUUUCAUCUGUGAGCGUCCUACUACCCUUGUACCUCCCACUAUUGAAUUAGUGCCGGCCAGCGUUGCUGAAGGAGGAAGUGUUCUUUUCCUUGUUCACAAUCUACCAGAGUAUCUUAUAUCACUUACCUGGUACAAAGGAGCAGUUGUGUUUAACAAGCUUGAGAUUGCCCGAUACAGAACAGCCAAGAAUUCAAGUGUGCUUGGCCCUGCCCACAGCGGUAGAGAAACGGUGUUCAGCAAUGGAUCCCUGCUGCUCCAGAAUGUCACCUGGAAAGACACCGGAUUCUACACCCUACGAACUCUGAAUAGAUAUCCGAGAAUAGAAUUAGCACACAUUUACCUUCAGGUGGACACCUCCCUUUCCUCGUGCUGUCACCCUCUUGACUCUCCCCAGCUCAGUAUCGAUCCAUUGCCACCGCAUGCUGCUGAAGGGGGAAGGGUUCUUCUCCAGGUCCAUAAUCUGCCAGAAGAUGUGCAAACCUUUUCCUGGUACAAAGGCGUGUAUAGCACUAUAUUAUUUCAAAUUGCAAAAUAUAGCAUAGCAACGAAGUCCAUCAUCAUGGGCUAUGCACGGAGUAGAAGAGAGACAGUGUAUACCAAUGGAUCCCUGCUGCUCCAGGAUGUCACUGAGAAAGACUCUGGUGUGUACACACUAAUAACAACAGACAGCAAUAUGGGAGUUGAAACAGCGCAUGUGCAAGUCAACGUCCACAAGCUUGCCACACAGCCUGUCAUAAAAGCCACAGACAGCACAGUACGAGUACAGGGCUCAGUGAUCUUCACUUGCUUCUCAGACAACACUGGGGUCUCCAUCCGUUGGCUCUUCAACAAUCAGCGUCUGCAGCUCACAGAGAGGAUGACCCUGUCCCCGUCAAAGUGCCAACUCUGGAUACGUACUGUGAGGAAGGAGGAUGCUGGAGAGUACCAAUGUGAGGCCUUCAACCCAGUCAGCUCAAAGACCAGUCUCCCAGUCAUCCUGGCUGUGAUGAUCGAGUGACCCAUCCUCUCAUGCUAUAGCAGGGCGGGGCAUUUCUGUAUUGAGAUGUCCACACCUACCCACCCCUGCCAGUUAUAGAUUUCCAUUCAUUCGCAUGGCCAUUUGGCCAUCUCUCCCAUCCCUCCCCACACCUGAUCCUGAACCCCUCCAUUUUCUCCCACAUCCCCUCUCCUACCCAGUUCCAUUCCUCCAUCUGCCUUUUACUACUAUUUUUCCCCUUCUACAUGAGAUUCAAGCAUCCUCCCUCGGGCUUCCAACUUGUUUAACUUUUUUGUAUCUGUGUAGUGUAGUGUGUGUAUCUUGUAUUUUAUGGCUAAUAUCCAGUUAUAAGUGAGUAUAUACCAUGCAUGCCAUUUUGGAACCUGGUUACCUCACUCAGGAUGAUACUCUCAAGUUCUAUCCAAAUUAAUGAUGCCUUCAAAUUAAUGAUGUCUUUGUAUUUAAUAGUUGCAUAAUACCCAUGGAGCAUAUGGCACCACA